AUGAGAGUCAUUAUAGUUGGAGCAGGCAUCGCGGGCCUUUCGCUUGCCAUUGCCCUCGGCCAGUCUGGCCACCAAGUCACAAUCCUCGAUGCUGCUCCUCAGCUUGCCGAGCUGGGUGCGGGCGUCCAGAUGACACCACAAGCAAUCAGAUAUCUCUUCAGGUGGGGCCUCAAGGAUGACUUGAUGUCGGAGUCAAUUAUCCCGGAGAACUUGCAUGUUCGGGAUGGGCACAGCGGCGACCUACUAGGAAGUAUCCGGAUCAAGAAUAUGGAAGCUCAGUAUGGCGCCCCGUAUAUUGUCGUUCAUCGGGCCGUCUUACAUGCCAUAUUGCAUCGACAUGCCAUCCGAACUGGGUCGCAAGUGCUGCUGGACAGUGACGUUGUCGAGUAUGACCUUGCCAACGGAGCUGUCCGGCUCCGGAACGGCAAACGGCUGACGGCGGACCUAGUCGUCGCUUCCGAUGGUAUCAGUUCUCUCGCCCGAUCCAAGCUCUUGGGCUCCAGGGACCCUGGAAGCCAGCCUACUGGAUGGGCUGCUUUUCGUAUGACGGCCGAGGUCUCCAAACUCAGGGCGGACCCAGCACUCGCGAGUCUAAUAGACCUUCAGUCUCGCAGCUCCAACUGGUGGAUUGCUCCGCAACUAUCAUGCAUGACGUACUUGAUCAAAGAUGCCACUUUGCUCAACAUCGUUCUUUCUCACCGAGACGAUAUCAACACCAAAGAAUUCACCUCGAGUGAACUCCAUGAUACGGUCCGAACUCUGUUCAGAGGCUUUGAGCCCCGAGUUCAGCAUAUUCUAGACCUUUCGCGGCCACAAAUUGCCAACUACCCUGUGCAUGCCGUGCCGCCGUUGCCCUCCUGGGCUCACGAGUCCGGUCGAUUCGUUCUGAUAGGCGACGCUGCUCAUGCAAUGGCCUUUUACAUGUCCAUGGGCGUUAGCAUCGCCGUCGAAGAUGCAGCUGCACUUGUGGCAGUGCUAGACUUGGCUUGUCCUCCUGAUACCGACCCAAGUUUCUCCCAUGAACGAAGCGAAGACGUUGACUCUAAGCUAAAGCAUGCUCUAUAUGUCUUUGAAACAGUGCGCAAGCCCAGGGUAGAAGCUGUGCAAGAGGCUAGCUUACACGGCGGCGACUCGUCACAUACGUCUGAUGAAAUGGAACGCAGUGUCCUUUAUGAAGCUCUCAGUCAUUCUCGCGAGGGGGGAGUCUGGCCCCUGGAAGGUGAUGCCAGCAGAGGCGAGUUCGUUCAAAAGACUACACGGACGGGUCAACGGCUUGGUCCAGGGGGCAUCAUUGACAAGGGAACAAGAGACUGGUGUUAUGAUUACGAUGCCGUCGGGGCCGUUCAGGAGUAUUACAAGUCCUCCUCAACUGCAGCAGAAGCUGGAGUCCUUUCGUGA